ACUCGUCGGUGGGUCACCACUGCUAGUUUGACGCACGUGCUUAAAAAAAUGCAAUACAAUUUUGCAUCGGUAUUCCGCACGUAUCUUAUGAAAUGUUUCGAGGCGGUGAUAUGCUUAACACAUUUGCACAGGAUUACCAAAGUGUUUAUCUAAAUGUGCUGGGUCAGAAUUAUUACGGAGCUAGCGCGGCAUCGCAGUCUCAAUCAAUCACUGUACUGCUUUUCAAAACCAAAACUCGAUCGAUCGGAUUGCGCUUCCUUAUAAAAUAUCUCAACCAAUUCCCAAGUAAUUUUCAGGAUAAGGCGAAUGUAUGGUUGACUGUUCUAAUUAGAACCUGUAAUUCAAAAGAAAUAAGUUUGUAUGGCGAACUAAUCUUUGAAGCUUUGGAAUUACUUGUUAUUCAAAUUCAAGUAGCACCUGAAAUUUCAAAAUGGUUUGGAUCAACUUGUAUAGGAAAGAUUUAUGAAAGUUUAUGGCUUUUGGAAAAACAUACAACUACUUGCUGUAAGAUUUCAGCAUUAAAAGCCGUAAAACAAUGUUUAAAAUAUUACCCUGGACCUAGUAAGUCGGGAAAGCUUCUAGUCUUGCGAUACCUUCAAACAUUAGUUGAUUGCUGUAACCCAGAAGUGGUUCAUGAAAGUGGUAAUUGCUGGUUGCUAUUACAACAAAUACGCGGUAAUUUUAACAACGUUGGAUGUAACACCGAUAAGUGUCAAUGGGAAGAUUUACAAAUAGGUUUAUUGGGCAGUAUUAAUGACCUAUUAAACGAAGUAUUUCCCAAUAAUAAAGAUGAUAAGGUCGCUACAAAAGACAGAUUGGAAUGUUUUACUUUGGUAUUAGAUGAAGAUCCAAUUAAAAGAUCAACUCAAGUAUGCAGGCGCUUCUGCAAUCUCAUAGAUUUCCUUAAGAUUGCUCUAAGCCAGCCAUAUUCUUCAACAAAAUUAAUAUAUCCAAAAAAAAUCAUAAAUCUUAUUCAACAUGGACUAGGAUCAAGCUAUGCAAAUUGUGUAAACUAUGAAAAUAUGGAUGGUAUGUGUUUUGGAAACCUUAUACCUCAAAUGCAUACUAAAUUAUUCGAACUACUGGAAGUUUUGAUUAACAUCUGCCACACUCAUCUUAGAAUGCAUUUUCGAUUAAUAUCAAGUAUUUUAUUGGACUCCUUGAAAAAAACGAAAUGGUCAACACCGGAAGGAUUUCCAAUCCAGUUAAUUAACUUACGCAUACAGAUAUACAAAGUAACAACUUCUUGGCUUUCUACUUUUGCUGAAGGAAGCGGAUGCGAUUUAAUAGCAGAAUAUUUUGUUAAUGAUCUAUUGGAAGAUAUAAUAAUACGUCGAACAGAUAUUUAUUUGCUGUCCAUAUUUCAACAAAAAAAUUCCCCCAAAAGAAAAUGUAAAAAGAACAAUCACAUAAUAUCGGAGCCAUAUUUUGAAAGCGGAUCUAUUAUGAAUAAAAACAAAGGUUCUCUUUGUAAGCAAGCCUUACAAUGCAUUCAAAAAGUUCUUGAGGCAGUUGGUUUUCUAUUAAAGCCGCAACUUUUAAAGGUUAUCUUAACUAAUUUAUUGGAAAUUAGUGUUCAAAUAUUUGAGAAUAGUAUGAGAAUACAAAAUCCUUACAAGGAGUGGGACUGCCGCCUUGAGCUAUACAAGACAUUAUUUAUCUUCUUUAAAUUGAGGAAUAUUCCCUGCCAUGUUCCGGCGGACAUCAUUUUGUACGUACUUCAAGAAUCUUUAAAAAAGGAUCCAAGCUCUGAUUUACGCGUUAGCUAUAAAUCAUUGAUCGCUUCAGUUGAAAAAACAGUACACCCUCAGAGAGAAAACAUUAAUUUGAAGGUGGAUACACAAGACAGUAUACAACAUUAUUCAAAAUUUGUUUAUGAAAAUCCAAUAAACACUCAACAAAAUAAGGACACUUAUGCAAAUAUCCAAAUAAAUAAAUCAGAAAAUAAUCUUACGUCCCUUCAGAUUCAAGAAAAUAAUGAUGAAACUGCAGACAAUACGCAUGGUGAAAAUGAAAACAAUACGAAUAAUGCAGCAUUCAAUGACAUUUUACCAACUACCCAUGAUGACGGUAAAAUAAUAAAAGUGUGUUCAAAAUCGUUUGCAGACGAUUUUCAUCAGGACAAUAAUGCGGACCGCAUUGCAAAUGAUGUGAAGCUCAAUAAAUACCAUGAUGAUGAUGAUUUUAUUGCUGAGUUAAAGAACGCUUUUGUUGAUGAAUUUAAAUAAAAAAAAAAA